AUGUCAACCACCACGAGGAUAGUGUCACCUCCUGAUUUUGCCGGAGCUGGAGCUCCACACCCAAAUACACAACCGCGUUCGCGUUCUCAGAGGACAAUCGACUUGGAGAUUGAUGGAAUCAGUGCCACUACCAGCGCCAAUGCCAAUGGCAGCAGCGGCAAUCGCAGCAGCAGAAGCAACAGUGGUGGUGGUGGUGGUGCGAGCCGCUCCCACAUUCGCCAGACAACAGCGUCAUCGUCUUUACCUCUACCGUACUUCUCUUUGCCACCAUUGAUUUCCAACUCUCGCCUCCGUACUUAUCGAACUCCAAGCCCGUUAACAACCACCCAACAGCCGAGGCCCUCCCACUCCCCUCCACCCCAGAAUAUCCAAACAUCACCUUGGGGAGAACCAGCGAGCGCAUCAUCAACACACAUUGAGCUUCCGCCAAUAGAUUCCUGGGAAAAUGACCACCCCGAGUCUUUGCAUAACGCCGAUUUAGAGAACUCACUCCUCGCUUCCGAAAUCGAAGAUAAUUUCCUCGCCGACCUCGCUGAUGGUGAUUUUUCGUCGCCCUCAUCGUACCCACCGUUCACGAACCCCGAUUCACGGCCGAGUCAGUACCAUAGCGUAAGCCUUCAAUCAACCGGUCAGGCUUCCACGCCGCAUCGUGCAUUCCGCAACACCGCCGCAUCCACCAACGCCACUACAAAUACAACGGCCACUGCUGCUCCACGAGAAUUAUCGUCCACCAACUGCAUCCUCCACCCUUUCGGCCCUGAGCGAACAACAACCCAGCUCUCCUCGGCUAGCAACUCUACUGGCGAAUCUCAAGCAUCACUGCCUGUUUUCGACUCCCUCGAGGAGAACGACCUCUUCUUUGACAGCCCCGCAAGCUCCUUCUCCGAAGCUAUGCCGCCCACAACUCGGCGGAGUACCACAGCCGCGGCUGCUCGAACUGGUUCAGCGCACGCGAGUAAGCGACGACGAACAUCGACGACUGCUGCGCCCGCGGCCCCCCCGCGGCCCACGUCGAGACAGAAAAAGUCACCCGCAACUAGAAAAGACAUGGAUGUUGAAGAGCCAUUCGGCACAAGCCCUACUCGUUCCCCCAUCGACAUUGAAGCCAAGCCCGAAUUCGAUACCAUCGAUCUGACCGAGACCAACGAAGUGUUGGAGGAAGUCCGGAAGCCAGAAAAGGAUGAUCGCGUCAAGCUUGCUGCCUUUCAAUGUGUCAUCUGUAUGGACGACUGCUCCAACCUGACAGUCACACAUUGUGGUCAUCUAUAUUGCGCUUCUUGCUUGCACCAGUCUCUUCAUGUCGACGUCACCAAAGGAAAGUGUCCCAUGUGCCGUCAAAAACUUGACAUGAAGCCUCGAGAGAGCUAUAACAGCAAGACCAAGGGAUACUGGCCCCUUGAACUGAAGCUCAUGACUGCCACACGGAAAGGAAAGCGCAAGGCCAAUACGCUGUCUUGA